ACCGGUACCUCGCUCAGCGCGGCCGCGCAGCGCUUGUAAAGGCGCGAGGACCCGUCGCACGCGUUUCGUCGGAGCGCCGCAGCGUGUCCGCGAGGAGCCCUCUCCACCGCGCUCGCGAUUAGUCUGCCUGGGCAGCCCUACGACCACCGAUGACCUAGGAUGGCAGCCAAGCCCCCGGCCGCGUCGCGCGAAGUAGUGGUGGCCGUCCACGAAUGCCUCGAAACUUUGAAGACCGACAAGAACGCCCACAAUUUGGGGCGGGCCGCGAAGCUGCUGGUGAAAUUGGCCUAUCUCAAAACGCCGAACCGCGUCCACAUCGCGAGGCAGUCGGACGUGAUUGAACUAUUAGUGAAGUACCUAUCUCACGACAAGGAGUUCCUUCGAGUCCUUUGUGCGCAAGCCUUGAUGAUCAUUGCUCAUGAGAACGAAGCUUGUAAGACUUCGAUGACGAAGGCCGGCGCGGUACAACCGCUCUGCACACUGCUCAAGGAGGGCUCCGAUGCCAAAGCGAAGGCCAUGGCCGCGCGGUGCAUUUGUUCCCUGGCGGAGCACCACGAAGCCAACAGAAAGCUGUUCCGGGACUGCUGCACGGAUUUGAAAGAGCUGUUAUCACAGGACGGCGUCGACGACCGGUCGCGCUACGCCGCGGCGGCCUGUUUACGGAGGCUGGAUAAACAUCUCGCCAAGGGGCAGCUCAACGAAAUUAUUGGCAUGAAGCAGAAAAAGGCGCCGCCUUUGGGAAAUCGGCCGCGGGGGCCGGCGGUGACGCGGCGGGGCGAUACGAGGGCGCCGGUAAGACGAAGAUAAACAUAGUCUUAUGUACAGGGGGUAUGUGCAGGGAG